AUGUCUGCCGCACAGCUUCUCAAUCCAAAGGCCGAAUCGCGCCGGCGAGGUGAAGCUCUGAAAGUAAACAUCAGCGCCGGUGAAGGCCUCCAAGAUGUGCUCAAGUCCAACCUGGGCCCCCUAGGCACCAUCAAGAUGCUGGUGGAUGGUGCAGGUCAGAUCAAGCUCACCAAAGAUGGCAACGUCCUCCUUCGCGAGAUGCAGAUUCAAAACCCCACGGCAGUCAUGAUUGCAAGAGCGGCAACGGCGCAGGACGACAUCUGCGGCGAUGGAACCACCUCGGUCGUACUCCUGGUCGGAGAGCUCCUGAAGCAGGCCGACCGAUACAUUAGCGAAGGCCUGCACCCGAGAAUCAUUACCGAAGGUUUCGAGAUCGCCAAGACCGAGUCCCUCAAGUUCCUCGACUCGUUCAAGCUGCCCAAGGAGGUCGACCGCGAAUUGCUCCUCUCCGUCGCCCGCACUUCGCUCUCCACCAAGUUGAACUCGACACUGGCCGGCAAGCUGACCCCCGACAUUGUGGACGCCGUCCUGGCCAUCUACCAGGCCCCCGCCAAGCCCGACCUGCACAUGGUCGAGAUCAUGAAGAUGCAGCACAGGACCGCCUCGGAUACCCAGCUCAUCCGCGGCCUGGCCCUGGACCACGGCCCCAGACACCCAGACAUGCCAAAGCGAGUCGAGAACGCGCACAUCCUGACCCUCAACGUCAGUCUGGAGUACGAAAAGUCUGAAAUCAACUCGGGCUUCUUCUACUCAAGCGCCGAGCAGCGCGACAAGCUCGUUGAGAGCGAGAGAAGGUUCGUUGACGCCAAGCUCAAGAAGAUUGUCGAGCUCAAGAAGGAGGUGUGCGGAAAUGAUCCCAGCAAGGGCUUUGUCAUUGUCAACCAAAAGGGAAUCGACCCCCUUUCCCUCGAUGUCCUGGCCAAGAACGGUAUCUUUGCCCUGCGAAGAGCGAAGCGGAGGAACAUGGAGCGCCUGCAGCUCAUUUGCGGAGGUGUUGCCCAGAACAGCGUCGAGGAUCUGUCGCCCGACGUCCUGGGCUGGGCCGGCCUCGUCUACGAGCAGCAGCUGGGAGAGGAGAAGUACACCUUUAUUGAGGAUGUCAAGGAGCCCAAGUCGGUGACCCUCAUGAUCAAGGGUCCUAACCAGCACACCAUUACACAAAUCUCGGACGCCGUGAGAGACGGUCUGCGGAGUGUAUACAACAUGAUUGUCGAUAAGAGCGUCGUGCCCGGUGGUGGUGCCUUCCAGGUUGCCUGCGCAGCUCAUCUCAAGAGCGACUCGUUCAAGAAGACGGUCAAGGGCAAGGCAAAGUGGGGUGUGGAUGCUUUUGCCGACGCCCUGCUGAUUAUUCCCAAGACGCUCGCUGCCAACGCCGGCCACGAUAUUCAGGAUGCCCUUGCGGCACUCCAAGACGAGCAUGCCGACGGUGCCGUUGUUGGUCUCGACUUAACCACGGGCGAGCCCAUGGACCCUACUCAGGAGGGUGUCUACGAUUCAUUCAGAGUACUGCGCAACUGCGUUGCCUCUUCCUCGAGUAUCGCUUCCAACCUGCUGCUGUGCGACGAGCUGCUCAAGGCACGGCAAAUGGGACGGCAGGGUGGUCCGGGUCCUGGCAUGGACGGCCCGGAGGAGUAG